AGAACCUAGAACCCUGUAAAUCUCUACUAUAUAUACCUCCAUGAAAUGCCAAUCUUGUCAGCUUAAAAUCUUCUGCGAUCAUCUCGAAACGCUUUAUCGGGCUCUGUCUCCAAUCUUUCCUGCAUUCUCUUGCGCUGUUGUGUGGUGUUGUGUGAAGUAGUGGGGAAGAAUGGCAGAUGUUCAGAUGGCUGAUGCAGAGACCUUUGCCUUCCAGGCUGAGAUCAACCAGCUUUUGAGUUUGAUUAUCAAUACUUUCUACAGCAACAAGGAGAUUUUCCUUCGUGAGCUCAUCAGCAAUGCAUCUGAUGCUUUGGACAAGAUAAGAUUCGAGAGCUUGACAGACAAGAGCAAGCUCGAUGCUCAACCAGAGCUUUUCAUUAGGCUUGUUCCUGACAAGGCUAAUAAGACCCUCUCUAUUCUUGAUAGUGGUAUCGGCAUGACCAAAGCAGAUUUGGUGAAUAAUUUGGGUACAAUUGCAAGAUCUGGAACCAAGGAAUUUAUGGAGGCAUUGCAGGCUGGUGCUGAUGUGAGUAUGAUUGGUCAAUUCGGUGUUGGUUUCUACUCUGCUUAUCUCGUGGCAGAGAAAGUCAUUGUGACCACAAAGCACAAUGACGAUGAGCAAUACAUCUGGGAAUCACAAGCCGGUGGUUCUUUUACUGUCACAAGGGACGUUAGUGGGGAGCAACUUGGUAGGGGUACUAAGAUUACUCUUUUCCUCAAAGAGGACCAGCUUGAAUACUUGGAAGAGAGGAGAAUUAAGGACCUUGUGAAGAAGCACUCUGAGUUCAUCAGCUAUCCUAUCUACUUGUGGACUGAGAAAACAACUGAGAAAGAGAUCAGUGACGAUGAAGAUGAUGAACCCAAGAAGGAAGAAGAGGGAGAUGUUGAGGAUGUUGACGAGGAGAAGGAGACUAAAUCCAAGAAGAAGAAGAUUAAGGAAGUUUCACACGAGUGGCAGCUCAUUAACAAGCAAAAGCCCAUCUGGCUGCGCAAGCCAGAGGAGAUAACCAAGGAGGAAUAUGCCUCCUUCUACAAGAGCUUGACCAAUGACUGGGAAGACCAUCUUGCCGUCAAGCAUUUCUCUGUUGAGGGUCAGCUUGAAUUCAAGGCUAUCCUCUUUGUUCCAAAGAGGGCUCCAUUUGAUCUUUUUGACACCCGCAAAAAGUUGAACAACAUCAAGCUUUACGUCAGGAGGGUCUUCAUUAUGGACAACUGUGAAGAACUCAUUCCUGAGUACUUGAGUUUUGUAAAGGGUGUUGUUGAUUCUGAUGACCUACCUCUUAACAUUUCUCGUGAGAUGCUUCAGCAGAACAAGAUCCUCAAGGUGAUCAGGAAGAACCUUGUUAAAAAAUGCAUUGAGAUGUUCAAUGAGAUAGCAGAGAACAAGGAAGACUACAACAAGUUCUAUGAAGCCUUCUCGAAGAACUUGAAAUUGGGUAUACAUGAGGACAGUCAGAACAGAUCCAAACUGGCCGACCUUCUUCGAUACCACUCGACCAAAAGUGGUGAGGAGCUGACAAGCUUGAAAGACUAUGUUACCAGGAUGAAAGAGGGCCAGAAGGAUAUUUACUAUAUUACUGGUGAAAGCAAGAAAGCAGUUGAGAACUCACCAUUCCUAGAGCGGCUCAAGAAGAAGGGCUAUGAAGUUCUAUUCAUGGUGGACGCCAUAGACGAGUAUGCGGUCGGCCAGUUGAAGGAAUAUGAUGGAAAGAAGCUGGUUUCUGCCACGAAGGAAGGAUUGAAGCUUGAUGAUGAAACUGAGGAAGAGAAGAAGAAAAGGGAGGAGAAAAAGAAAUCCUUCGAGAACCUUUGCAAGACGAUCAAGGACAUUUUGGGAGACAAGGUUGAGAAGGUGGUGAUCUCUGAUAGAAUUGUGGACUCUCCAUGCUGUUUGGUGACUGGAGAGUAUGGAUGGACAGCUAACAUGGAAAGGAUCAUGAAGGCUCAGGCAUUGAGGGACAGCAGCAUGAGCUCUUACAUGUCCAGCAAGAAGACUAUGGAAAUAAACCCGGAUAAUGGUAUUAUGGAGGAAUUGAGGAAGAGGGCCGAGGCUGACAAGAAUGAUAAAUCUGUCAAGGACCUCGUGUGGCUGCUCUUUGAGACUGCCUUGCUGACCUCUGGCUUCAGCCUUGAUGAUCCGAACACGUUUGCUGCCAGGAUUCACAGAAUGUUGAAGCUUGGUCUUAGCAUUGAUGAGGAUGAGACUGUUGGUGAUGAUGCUGACAUGCCUGCCUUGGAGGAAGAUGGUGCCGAAGAGAGCAAGAUGGAGGAAGUCGACUAAGCUCUUAUAAGCAAGAAAAGGAGCUUUCUAGUAGGCUUGCUUUUGCGGUCUGGUCUUAUGAGUAGUGAGGGUCUGUGUCUGUGUUGAUAACUUGAUAUGGUCCCUUAGUGUCAUUUAUCAGUCUCGUUUUCUGGGGUCUCUUUCUAAGGUCAGCUUUGUGUCCCUGAGAAUGGAUAUUAUGGUAUGUUUCAUCUGAAAUCAAUACAGUCAAUGGUUUCUCUGGCAAUGUCUGUUGUUUCUUUUCUCUGAUCACGUUCAA